AUGUACACAGAGAAGAUGGGCACGGAGAGGAAGGACUCCGCCGGGCUCCAGCCUGGACACAACUGCUUCUAUUACUUCGCCUAUGGCAGCAAUUUACUGAAAGAGAGGAUCCUGCUGGACAAUCCUUCCGCUUCAUUCCACAGCAUUGCUCUGCUCAAGGACUUCAGGCUUGCAUUUGGGAGCCACAAAGGCAAUCGGAACAAAAGGUGGCAUGGAGGAGUGGCUACAGUGGUGGACAGCCAAGGGGAUGAGGUCUGGGGAGUCGUCUGGAAGAUGGACAUCUCCUGCUUGGACUCUUUAGACAUCCAGGAGGGGGUUGCUGGGGGUAUAUAUCAACCAAUAGAGAUCAAUGUCCAGACACCAGAAGGAGAGCUGGUUUGCCGAUGUUAUCAGAUGAAUCAGUGUGUGUAUGGGCUGACAUCCCCUCAGUACAAGCAGGUCAUGUGCAUGGGAGCAAAGCAGAAUGACUUACCACUUCAAUAUCAGAAGAUGUUAAGAGAGUUGGAAACCAAUAAUUACUCAGGUCCAAUGGCCAUCAUGGACAGACUGAAAGAUGCAUUACAAAGAGUACAAGAUGAUGGAUGA